UAUUUAAUAAAUUUUAGAAAAAUAAACAAAAAAUUUAGAUUGCGUCAAAAAAGAUUAAAAACUUAGAAUAAGUAUUUAGAAAUGUAUAAAGUUUUUUAUGCCAAGUAACCAAAAAAAUCAGUGCAGGUAUUUAAUGUUGUAUUCAACAUGAUUAGAUUGUCGCGAGCUUUCGCUCAAUUAUCGCAAAUGAGGUUACGCUCAUUGAGCAACUUAGAAAAGAAAACUGAUCUAUAUCGUCAGUUGUAUGCAAAAAUAUUGGCAUGCGGUCCCAUAACACUCGCCGAAUAUAUGAAGGAGGUAUCGAUCAAUCCCAUCGCAGGUUAUUACACAACUAGAGAUGUUUUCGGGCAAAAAGGUGAUUUCACAACUUCUCCAGAAAUCAGUCAACUUUUUGGAGAACUUAUAGCCAUUUGGAUAAUCAAUGAAUGGAGCAAAAUUAGCAGAGAUCCUAUCCAACUUGUAGAAUUAGGUCCAGGGAGAGGUACCUUGAUCGCUGAUAUUCUACGGGUAUUUAAGAAACUAAAUCUCUCAAAUGGGAUAUCCGUUCAUCUGAUAGAAAUUAGUCCCGUUUUAUCUGCAAUUCAAGCAGAAAAAUUAUGUAUAGAAAGUAAAAACAUUGAACCAGAGAUCAAUGAAAGUCAAAGAAAUUCUGUUACACAUUAUAGGGAGGGUAUUACAAGGGACGGAGUAAAAAUAUACUGGUAUUAUUCUAUCAACGAUGUUCCUAGAAAGUUCAGCGUAUUUGUUGCACAAGAGUUUUUUGAUGCUCUGCCAAUACACAAAUUCCAGAAAACUGACAAAGGUUGGAGAGAAAUUUUAAUAGACAUAGUGCAGAACUCAAAAGAAGAGAGAUUUCAAUACGUACUUUCGCAAAUGCCAACAGCUGCUUGUAAAGUAUAUAUACCUCCAUAUGAAAAAAGAGAUCAUUUGGAAAUAAGUCCGCAGUGUUCUGUAAUAACAGACUAUAUAUCCCAAUUUUUAUGGGAAAACGGAGGAUUUGCCCUGGUGAUUGAUUACGGCCACGAAAGGGAAAAAACUGAUACAUUUCGCGCAUUUUGCCAACAUAAAUUACACGAUCCCUUGCUAAACCCUGGAAUCGCAGAUUUAACUGCGGAUGUUGACUUUUUAUUAAUGAAAGAGAUUGCACAGAAAGAUAAUAGAUUAAUUACGUUUGGCCCAGUGACACAAAGAAAAUUUCUGAAAAAUCUUGGCAUUGAUCUACGAUUAAAAAUGAUUUUACGAAAUGCUACUAGUGUUCAGAAACAACAAAUUGAAUCAGGAUAUCAUAUGAUAACUGAUGAAGAUAAGAUGGGAAAUAGUUUUAAAGUAUUGUCUCUCUUUCCUUUUGUCUUGAAAGAUUAUUUAAAAAAAUGGCCUGUAGCGGGAUUCGAGGAUAAAUACGAAAAUAAGUUUUGAACAAUGCAUAAUGUUAAUUAUACAUAUAGUUAAAAUAACAA